GGGGGGCAGCGCCGCGGGGCUCCGCGCCAUGACAUCAGCCCUGGUGUGGUGCGGUGUGCAAAGCCCACUGGUUGGCGUGGCGGGGGACACGCCUUCCCCGGAGCGGAACAAAACGGCGCGCGGGCCGGGCGCACCCAGCAGCCACUUCCGAGAGCGCCUGUCGCCCGCGCGCCGCCGAGCCCGCCGCCAGAAUGCCGAACUGGGGAGGAGGCAAGAAGUGCGGGGUGUGCCAGAAGACGGUUUACUUUGCCGAAGAGGUUCAGUGUGAAGGCAGUAGCUUCCACAAGUCCUGCUUCCUGUGCAUGGUCUGCAAGAAGAACCUGGACAGCACCACCGUGGCCGUGCACGGCGAGGAGAUCUACUGCAAGUCCUGCUACGGCAAGAAGUAUGGGCCAAAAGGCUAUGGCUACGGGCAGGGUGCAGGCACGCUGAGCACCGACAAGGGGGAGUCGCUGGGCAUCAAACAUGAGGAGGCCCCUGGCCACAGGCCCACCACCAACCCCAAUGCGUCCAAGUUUGCCCAGAAGAUUGGGGGCUCCGAGCGCUGCCCCCGAUGCACCCAGGCAGUCUAUGCUGCGGAGAAGGUGAUCGGUGCUGGGAAGUCCUGGCAUAAGUCCUGCUUCCGAUGUGCCAAGUGUGGCAAAGGCCUUGAGUCAACCACCCUGGCAGACAAGGAUGGCGAGAUCUACUGCAAAGGAUGCUACGCUAAAAACUUCGGGCCCAAAGGCUUUGGCUUUGGGCAAGGAGCUGGGGCCUUGGUCCACUCCGAGUGAGGCCACCAGCACCCGCCGCACCCUGCCCACUCCUGCGCGUUCCACGGCCCUUCCCUUCCUGCAGCCUUGGAGGCCUCCAGGAUGCUUCUCUCUCUCUCAGCCCCGCCACACAUCACUAAGGACGUGAACUUGGUCGUCUGGCUCCCUUUGGUUUGGGCGUCUGCCUGAGGUCCCGCCCCGCUAAGGGCUCCCCCUUCCUGGCAUCCCUAGUAGGAGACGGCAGUGGUUUUGAUCUGGGCGAGCCCUGGCUGCCCGCUGCUGGCUCCCACACCUCACCCCACAGCCCUCCGUUAGCCUGUUAGGCUGAGUGUCACCAUCAGCUGGCCGGGACACCUGAGCCCACAUCAUGGAGCCCACAGGAGCAGCAGCAAUAGGCCUGCAGGGGGCAGGCGGCGGGACCAAGAUGGGGUGGAGGAAGGCUGGGGUUCACUGGAUCCCAGAGAUCCUCCCCUGUGAGAAGGAGGGUGGGCUUCUCGGCAUCCCUCUGAAGAAGGAGCCCAGCUCGGGGAGUCGCUGUGGGAGGCAGAGGGGGUGCAGGCAGGACUGGAGGAGGCCCCGCCUCUCUAGGCCACCUGCCUGUGAGUCUUUGUGCAACUGGUGUCCCCCCACAUGCAGGGGGAGGAGAACAACCCAGGGCUGAGGCCCCCAAAGUCGCAAUGUUGUCUGACCUCAGACAGGCUUGGUGGGGGGAUCCUAAUGAAACGCCCCCAGGACACGUAUCAGUGGCCCAAAUCUCCGAGGAGUUAGCUCUGGCCCUGCCCCUGGGUCCUGAGGCUGCGGUCCGGAGCUCCUGCCUGUCCCGGCACCGCCCAGGGCUCUGUUCUUGCCACGACUGCUCAACUGCUCUAUCCUCAGACGUGGAGGGAGGCCGACAGCCUCAGUCUUCGUCCAGACACCUGUCCCUCUGCCCCCCGUCCUCGGGACCUUCCCUCCAAGCCAAGACCCUGCCCCCUCCACUUCGCUCCUCUCCAGGGACCCUUCUCUGGCCACAUCACUCUGUCCCUUCCAGGCCCCAGGUCAGGAGCAGUGGGGGAGGGGAAUGGGCUGGUGACUGAACGGGUGGCAGGCACGGGCCAUAUUCAAGCUGAUUUCUCAUCUGGUCAAUAAAGCUGUUUAGACCAACA